UCCGAACAGUGUACGCUACUCUUUCAAAACCCUCCCCUGCAAUACUGAACUAUAAUCCUCUCUCAAAAUUCCCAAUUUCUAGGGUUCUCUAGAAGAAUCCAAGCUUCCACAGAGCAAAUGCCUAACUUAGAAUCUCACACAUUAUCAUCCCCACCUUCCCUACCCAUCGUUCCUCACUCCAAUGUAGUGAAACCCAUUCCUAAUCGAGCUUUAAAUCUGUUCACAGUCAAAGCCCUAAACCUGAAUCCGGUGAGGAAGCUCCGCGAGAACGAGCAUGGAGCCGGCAGUCUUGCGGUAGAAUCUGAAUUUACUAGCAAUGGCGAUGUCGGAGAUGGAAUUGGAGCUAAGAGCAACUGGGGUGGUUCUGAAAUGGGGCCAAUUAAGAGCUUGGAUGACUAUGUCAAAGAUUGGGUUCAGAGGAGAGUCAAAGCCGGCAUUUCUGAGCACAGAUGUUACCUUCCCUUUCUUUCCCAUGGCUCAAAAAUGGUUGAAUGUCGUGUUUGUAAGAAUUCAAUAUAUCCAAAAGAAGGGAUUAUAUGCUCUGUUCGCGAUUGUCCAGAAGUGUAUCACUUGACAUGUGCAGUAGAAAGGCUUGGAUUCUCAUCUUCAAAACCAUUCAAGUGCCCUCAGCAUGAAUGCUACUUAUGUAAAGAUAAAAUUCGGUUACUACGGUGUAUGAGAUGUCAUCUUGCGUCACACAUCAAGUGCGCAGCAUUCCCGAAGCACAUUAUCUAUUAUCCUAAUAAUCCUGGGCAAGUGCUUUGUUGGAAACAUCCUGAUGAUUGGCGUUCAGACUUAGAGCAAUCAACUCCAUCAGAUAGCUUGGAGGAAAUAUUCUGUAGGUUGCCUUUACCCUACAUUGAGGAGGAGUUCAUGAUUGACAUGAGUUGGAAGGAUGCAGUAGAGAAUAAAUUGGAGCCACCGCCUUAUAUUCACAUUAAGAGAAAUGUUUAUCUCAUCAAGAAAAGGAGGGAAAAUACUGUUAUUGAUGUUGGUUGCACAAAUUGCCAUUCCUCUGAAUGCGCUGAAGAUUGUGUGUGUAGGGUUCAGUGCAUCAGCUGCUCAAAGGCUUGUAAAUGCUCUGAAAGGUGCACUAAUCGACCGUUCAGGAACGAAAAGAAGAUAAGCAUUGUCCAGACUGCGCUUUGUGGUUGGGGUGUAGUGGCUGCUGAACCAAUCAAUAAAGGUGAAUUCAUAAUUGAGUACGUUGGAGAAGUUAUAGAUGAUGCUCUUUGUGAACAAAGACUAUGGGAAAUGAAGCACAAGAAAAUAAAAAAUUUCUACAUGUGUGAGCUGCGAAAAGACUUCACUAUCGAUGCAACAAAAAAGGGAAAUCCCUCGAGGUUUCUGAACCACAGCUGUGAUCCAAACUGUAAGCUGGAAAAAUGGCAGGUUGAAGGGGAGACGCGUGUUGGUGUCUUUGCUGCUAAGUGUAUAGAAGCUGGAGAACCUUUGACAUAUGAUUAUCGAUUUAUACAAUUUGGGCCAGAGGUGAAGUGCCAUUGUGGAGCUCCAAAUUGCCAAGGGUACCUGGGAACAAAAAGGAAGAUAAGCAAAGUGGAUUUCUGCUGGGACUGGGGUUUGAGGAGAAAAAGAACAGCUACUUCUUGUUUAAACAUUUUAAAGGUUGAUUGACUAAUAUUCACCAAUAUUUUUUUCGCUUUGGUGAUUAUUUCAAAUCGUACUAAGGGAUAUUGCCCUCACAUUGUAAACAACAAAACAAGUGACAGAUAGAGAGGGAGAGACAGACGUCUGAUCACGGUGAGAACUCAUAAUAUUUUUGUUUACCUUUCUCAUAAUCAAAGUUCCACGGUCAUUGUAAUUUUGAUUUGAUAGUCCAGAAAGAGUUAUGCAGGAAUAUACAGACUGAAAAAGUUACAGAGCUUUAGUGUUGUAUGAGGAUUGUCUCAGACAAUGUUCCACAAAAAUUCUUGCUAUACAGUAUCUGUGAGAAAGAAAUUUGAUACCCCUUUUUUUUUUUUUUUUU